UACGGCAUGGAUUUCCCGAAGCGAGAAUGGAGCCACAGGCUCAGUCUUCGUGGCAGCCGUAGGACUCAUGAGGGCGAAAUCGGGCACAGAAUAAGCGGAGCCCCCAGGUCCACCAGGAGAUGGGCAAGCCUCAGGCAACAUGUGAGCAGCAGUCAUGACGGCAGUAAACCUCGCGUUGAAUUGCUGUUUAAUACGUCGGGUUCCAAAGCCUCUACACCAUCCUCACAACCACACACCCCUAAUACACCGAGAACGCCGCACACCCCGCCUAUCAAGAAAUCCAAUUGGGAGGUCAUCGAACACUUCACCGGCGCGCCGCGUCCCUCUAUUAUCACGAUGGCUAGAGGAUCGGAAAUCGGUGUAGCACCGAUAACCGGAAGAGAAUCUGUGACGGAAGCUGCAACGAAUGUAGGGAUUACUCAGCACACGCGGAAAUGCGCUUUGAGCAGAUUCCUGAGCUCGCUUUGCGGCUCUCAUCAUUUCAAGAACCUGCAGGUUGAAAUGCUGUACCAACGCUACUUCCUACGUAUGAAUCAAAGUAACAUGACACAUGUGCUCGGUCUAUUGGUCGGUUUAGCGCUGGCACUGGGCCUACUACUUAUCAUGAAGUUAAUGCUGACCGGCAACCAGUCGCUCAUCACACUCUUACAGAGACCUGAAAAUCUUUCCCUCGCAAUCACCCUAGUGACCUGCAUUGUUAUUUACGCCGCUUUGGUAGCAGCUAUUUCAAGACCGGGCAUGAAUGAGAUAUGGCUGGCGGGCGUUAGUGGUGCAGUGCUAGUCACCCUAUUGGCUUUACAAGUGACUCUGAGCAUUCAUUUAGCACGACUGCACGAAGUGGGUCGCGAGAAUACCAGCGAUACAUCAUUCUUCUCGAAAUCGAAAGAUCUUCGAACCGGAGGUCCUCUCGCUGCUGCCUUAAUGGUCUGCUUCUUCAUCUAUAUGGCCUACGCUCUUCUACCGAUCAGACUCAGACACGCCUGCAUCGCCGGGAUUGUUUUCUCGGCCGCUCACCUCAUCGGAGCUUUCCUUCUCUACCCGCACUAUCCAUCGAUGAUGGCACACUUGCUAAGCUCGAUCGUGGUAGUCGGCGGGACGAAUGUAGCCGGCGCACUGACACAUCACCCACGGGAAUUGGCGCAAAGACAGGCAUUUCUUGAAACCCGACAGUGUGUCGAAGCACGUCUGACCACACAACGAGAGAAUCAGCAACAGGAGAGGCUUUUGCUCAGCGUGUUACCAAGGCAUGUCGCCAUGGAGAUGAAAGCCGAUAUAGCCGGAAAACCGAAGGACACGAUGUUUCACAAAAUUUAUAUUCAAAGACAUGAGAACGUCAGCAUUUUGUUCGCCGAUAUUUGUGGCUUUACCUCGCUCUCCGAUCAAUGCACUGCCGAAGAGCUCGUCAGAUUGCUCAACGAACUUUUUGCACGAUUUGACAGGCUAGCUGCUGAGCACCACUGUCUCAGAAUAAAGCUCCUUGGAGACUGUUAUUAUUGCGUUUCUGGACUUCCGGAACCACGGCCAGAUCACGCUCACUGUUGUGUAGAAAUGGGAUUGGACAUGAUCGAUGCCAUAACAUUGGUUCGCGAGGUAAUGGCCGUAAACGUGAAUAUGAGAGUUGGUAUCCAUACGGGCCGAGUUCAUUGCGGAGUUCUCGGUCUGAGGAAAUGGCAGUUUGAUGUUUGGAGCAACGACGUGACUCUAGCCAAUUACAUGGAAAGCGGAGGUAUACCCGGACGUGUGCACAUCACGAAAGAAACUUUAGAUUGCUUGGGCGAGUAUUAUGAAGUCGAGGAAGGUCGCGGGGGUGAGAGGAACGCGUACUUAAAAGAUCAUAAUAUUAGUACCUACUUGAUUGUUCCCGGAGAUACAUUUAAGGGCAACAUAACUAAUUCUGGAAUACGAAAAACUUUCCCGGCAAACAGUAAUGUGUCCAAAGAAAUGAGGGUUAUGGGCCAUGGUUCGCAACACGGAAAACAAACCAAAUUAGGUUUUGGUGAAACCAUCGAAGGUGAAAAAGAUCCUGAAGAUGAGGUGAAUGAGUACCUGAUGAGAGCAAUAGAUGCUAGAAGUAUAGAUCGAUUAAGAGCGGAGCAUUGUACGCCAUUUAUAUUAACGUUUCGAAGACCGGAUGUCGAAGAAAAGUACUCGCGCGAGAGGGACAGGAUGCUCUCGGCUUAUUUUGUGUGCUCCGGUUUCGUCUACAUGGUCGUUGUGGUCGCAAUAGCCAUCACCCUCGCCGGGAGCGUAUACUUCUACGUUUGCACGGCGAUUAGUGUGCUGGUGAUAGCCCUGGUCAAUGGCAUUUUAUUGGCGGAAAAAAACGAGAGAGUGCCAAAAUGGGUGAGAAGCAUGGCGUUACAGAUCUUUGAGAAUCGCAUCAUCGCGCAAAGCAUUGCAUCCAUCGUCGUGUUUCUAACGUUCAUCACGGUAUUAUCGCCGCUGAUCACACUGAUCGGAAAUGAGGCUUGCGUCAACAAUAAUUCGUUGCCUUUCGCUGAGGAAUCGUCGGACGAGCAUCCCAGCGUAAUGAGAGUACCGACGAAGAAUAUCAAUGCCCCCGGCAUUUGCGAUUAUAUUCUUUUCUGCGACUUGUUUCCGGUUCUGGUGAUGCUGGUGAUGGUAACCUGCGCGGUGUAUCAGAUCCUAACGUCAGUCUUUAAAGUAGCCGUAUUGAGCAUUGUUGUGGCUUGUUAUCUCGGGGUCAGCAUUUACCAGGCACUAAAUGAGGACGACGUAGAACCCGCUGGAAGAUGGUUGGCAGGUGUACUAGUGGUUUUCUUCAUGGCCUGCCUAGUGGCACACUCUCAGCACACAGAGGCGACCUACAGAUUGGAUUUCCUGUGGAAGUUACAAGCGACUGAGGAGAAGGAAGAAAUGGAACACUUGAAGGCCUACAAUCAGAAAUUGCUCGCAAAUAUACUUCCAGAACACGUGGCCGCCCAUUUUCUGUCUACUGUCAAUUCAGACGAAUUGUACCACGAACAAUGCGACUUUGUGUGCAUUAUGUUCGCCUCGAUACCAAAUUUUUCGGAGUUCUAUGUAGAACUCGAAGCGAAUAACGAGGGCGUGGAAUGCCUCAGACUUCUCAACGAAAUCAUUGCUGACUUCGAUGAGUUACUUGCUGAGGAACAGUUCAAGUACAUCGAGAAGAUCAAGAGUACAGGCGCUACGUAUAUGGCCGCUUCGGGCCUAACAAAAAGCACAUGCGAUAUGCGGGAUUACAAGCACGUAAUCGCAAUGGCGGAUUACGCCCUGAGAAUCCGCGAGCAGCUGGCCUAUGUCAAUGAACACAGCUUUAAUAACUUUCGCAUGCGUGUGGGCAUCAACAUCGGACCGGUGGUUGCCGGUGUGAUCGGUGCCAGAAAACCGCAAUACGAUAUCUGGGGCAACGCCGUGAACGUGGCCUCCAGGAUGGAUUCUACGGGCGUGUUAGAUGGGAUUCAAGUCACCCAGGAGGUCCGUGAUAUUCUGAUUACUAAAGGAUAUCCGCUCACGUGCCGCGGAACGAUUCAAGUCAAAGGAAAGGGCAGUAUGAUAACUUACUUCCUGGACGGACCGAGAGACAACACGAAAUCUAAUCAGAUGGACAUUACCAAGACGAAUUCCAAUAACAACACUGAUGCCACGGAGAAGACAGUCAUCAAUAAUAGCAGCGGGGCUGUCUGAUUGGUGGGAAUGCUCGAGCAAGAAUUCUUGAUGGACGACACGUCAUAUCGACGAUAAAAAGUAUUAUUAUUUCUCGCGCUAUUUAAGAUUCUUUCAUGUACUCAAGUCCAAAACGGCAAUAUAAUAUCCAGGACACGUGUGCGCAUAUUAGAAUCGUCGAGUGCCGUCCAUAAAUGACUGCUGAUGAACGGGAUAAU